AUCAGCGAAAACCAGGCGAAAACUUUAAAGAGAACCGUAGAGUGAAAUAUGCUCUAUUCAGCUUGGAACGUUAUACUUUUCAACAUUUCUAUGGAUUUCAAUAAAACCUUAUAAUAUAACCAAACGCUUAAGGAAACCAAGUCAAUUAAUAAAUUAUAUUUAGAUCGCAGCAUAGUAUCUAUAGAUCUACACCAAUUAAUAGAUCAAUCAUAUACAUAGUUACAUAAGCAUUUUAGAAGCUCUGCAGUUUUUACGUAAUAAAUGUUUGCAGCGAAAGCAUCUUGCUACCCAAAAUACUGUCUACGUUCGUACGAAGGAUUUCUUUAGCCGAUUAGUAAGCGUAAAGAGAAUAAGAAGUUAACAACCGCUUGAAAUAGACGUAAAUUGGCAGUAGUAACGGUAACUAGGCUUAAAAAUCUGCUCACCAAGCUUACUAAUGGGAACUGAUAGCACCUCUUCGAAAAUUAGGGUAGUGAUUCAGUAAUGCAGCUGUGAACCAACUCAUUGCUCUAUACCAGCUCCUUACUACAACAGCAUUGCGUUAGUUACUUCGCGCACAUGAAUUUUGGAGUGGCCCGGCACUAGGACGUUACAAAAUUUAUUAGGUCACAAGUUUUAUAUGGAAUGCGCUUCAUUUUGAUGUACUCUGUGGUCACCUUGGCGCACUUUUUCAUGUAUGCAUGAAUUUCUCGCUCGACAAUCAUGAGAUAAACACAUGCACAUACACAUACAUAUACAAUAAUUUCCAUCGUUUAUGUGAACGAGUAAGCAUACGAGCAUGGUGUGCUUAAUAUUGAAUUUCAGUUAUAGAUUAUUAACGAAGCGGUGAGGCCAACAAUGUCGCAUAUCACUCUUAUAUAUUUUAUCACGAUCGUGACCGGAUGUGAAAUUAUAUCUGCAUGUCAACUGGAUAUUCUAAGUCCUGCUCCUUUAUUUGGGCAAAAUUUUGGUUCAAAAAAAAUUAUUUUCAAAUCACAAGCAUCUUCAAUACAACUAGAUAUCGGAGAAUCGAUUACCGCAUACUGCAGUUCGGGAUUGGCUUAUAAGAAAGUUAUAGAUAAAUACUACAAUACUCAGAUCGACCAGCUUUUGUCCUCAAACACCGCAGAAUUCAAUUGUGAUGGGGAUAACCAAAUUGGCAUAACGGGAAUUCUCAACGCAUUUAGUACAAAAAUGACUAUUCUGUGCGGAUCUAAAACGAACUAUGAUCUUUAUGAAAGUACAACAAUACUGCCGAAUUGCGAGAAUUACAUGACUUUUGCAAUCGGUGCGCCGAUCCAGACGGUGGCAAGUGAUAUUAAAGCGGGUAUCUGUUAUGAUCUCGAUUAUUUUAAAUUGAAAUUUAUCAGUUUCAUAGCACAAUCGAAUAGCGAGGCCAUCAUCUUCGAUGAGAAGAAAAACCUUAAUGAACUUUCCAUAGACUUAGACCAAAAGAUUCGAAACCUCGAAACGUAUUUUCCAUUUAUGAGUCAGCGCACUUUUAAUGAGACCCGAGAUAAGCUGCGCAAAUCACAUACCCUUUUCGAUGCCUUCGAAUUCGAUUAUACCACUUUAUUGCAAAACGAACCGCUGAAGAGUCAACUUGAAAGGCAAGCAUUCAUUUUAAACACCAUGUGGUGGCGCCAACUACGUCAACAUAACUGGCGCUACUUCCUCGAGGCCUUGAAGGAACGCACGCGCUCCGUAAAAUAUCUCGUUCAUAUGGGCACUUACGGUAAUAUGACAGCACCUUCGGGUCGGGGAAAUUGGGUACAAGAAAGUGUCACCGUUCAAAAGGAUAGCAUAGCAAUCACGGCGCCUACGUAUAUUUGGGCCUAUUUGCAAUCUCCGUUUUCUGCAGAUGAGGAUAAAAAAGACGAUAUUGUGGUUAUUGCUCACAAUUCACCUUAUGUCACGAAUCCAACGCAUGAUGAGUUCUGUGAGUUUGAUGUAUGUGACGAAAUUGAAUGGUUAAGAAAUAGCACAUUUGGAAAUUUGCGACGUCUGCCAACGCUGGGCUAUAUGUUCUGUUGCCGUCCUGAUGAUGUGGCCCUCAUCAUUGAUUACUUUCCCAUGCAGGAAGGCAAAAGUGAAGUUACGAAAAUUGAACAAAAAAAUAUAAACAAAACAUGGAAACUAACGUCCAGCCAGCCAAACUAAAUACACUUUUCUAAAUAACAUAAUAUAUUCGUUUAUGUACAAUAAUAUGUAAAUCAGAAAGUUUAUAUAAUAUACGCUCUUUAUUUGAUUUUGAACUUCACUUUUGCGCCGUUUAACUUCGCUGCGGAAAUGUCUUAAGCCGUACCGGCUAUGACAGCACUCUACUAGGGCAAACCCAAAACUUUGAUACGGAAGGCAUUAGACAUCGAGUUUCUCUAACAUAUUGUACAUUUUCUGUUCGGAAUAAAAACGGUACAAAUGUCA